CAGGCAUAAUAUAUUUGAAUUUAUAAGUACGUGUGCAAUUAUAGACGUAUCGUUGUUGAAUGCAGGCAGAACAAUAAUUAAUAAAAACUUUCAACUUAAAACGAGGGAAUACCAUCUCAUUUCAAGUUACAAAUAUCUAGCCUUGUGUGUUCUAGCAAUCAAACCGAUUUUUUCAGAAAUCAAAAUGGCAAAUGCGAUAUACGAUAAAGAACUAUCUGAAAUCCUCACACGGCUCUGGAACGUUGAUGACAACCGGUGCACACCUGGACUCGACUACAAACUCAACCUGCAAGGUUUUGUUACGGCAACAAAAGGAAAUUUGAGAGAUAAGGCCAGUCAAAAUCUUUUCUUACAUUUCAAUGAGGAUAGAAUUUUCAACAAACCCACUAUCAAAGCUUUCAUCUCGUUGUUGGACAAUUACGCCAUAAACGUCAGUGAAGCAGAAACUGAAACAGACCUGGAAAGGGGAGAGGUGGAUAAUUUCCUAUCGACCAUCGUUGCAACCAGAGUUAUGAAGGAAACCCACAAAUAUCUGAACAGUCGGAAUAUGGUGGGUGCAAGUGAGGACGAUUUCAAGAAAUUAUUAUUCGACAUUUGGUUCAAAAUGUAUAAGAGAUCUUCAACUGACAAGAACGUCAACUCUUGCGGGUUCGAGCACGUGUUUGUUGGCGAGAUGAGGUCCAACGAGAUCAUCGGCUUCCACAACUGGCUUCAAAUUUACCUCCAAGAAAAAGUAGGGAACUUGGAUUACAUGGGAUUCUUUAGAAGAGGAACUACAGAUAAGUCAGAACCGACACCACACUUUCUGACGCAUCAGUUCAGAUGGAGAGGUGAAUUGAAGCCAAUUGUUAGUACCAUGAUCGGUAGGAGUCCAGAGUUUGAGAUGGCGAUGUACACAAUCGCGCAUCUGUGUCUGAGUGCUGCUGGCAAGAGGGAGGUGCAUGUGCACCUGGACGAGUACGAUGUGAUGUUGGUCGUGGCCAGACAUGGUCACUUCGGCAUUGGGACGGCCUACUUGGUGCCAUCGACCGAAUGAGACAAACUUCUUGAAAUUAAACUCUAAAUAUGAAGAUUUGACUUCCGCAAUGAUUUUACAUAGGUACCUUGAAGAAAAUUUUUGAUGAAUGAUUGAACAAUUUAAACAUUGAAUAAUGUUAUAUGACGUUCAUUAUAUUAUCUAAAAUAACAUUCAUUAAAUUAAGGAGCUAACAUUUUGAAGCGUUCAUUCAUUAUCACCAUAUUUUAAAGUAUAUUAGCCAUGGAAUACAUUCAACAUCUGCAAAGAAGAAAGCUGUUGUAACACAAAUUAACUCACCAAUUCAUAGUAGAAACAACAAAUAAAUAAAUGUGUUUAUGUGAGUAUUUCUUACUGUAUUUUCAUCACCGUUUUUCAAUUUAUUGAUAUAGAAAAGAAAGUAUAUAAAUAGCUUGAAAAAAAGAUAAAAAAUUGAACGGUACGAAAUUGAAAAACUGAACCAGAAAGUGAUCAAAGCUGAAAAUGCAGUGAUAUUUUUUAUCAAUUGUAUUUACGACAGUCUCAACCCUAUUUAUAUUUAUAUAUAUAUAUUUAUAUAACUUAUAAAUAAUUUAGACAAAAGAAUCAUUAAAAUCAAUGGCUGAAUGAUACAUACACUGGCAGUAAUUUUAUCAUUAGCACAUCCGUACAUCUGGGACGAUGGUUCUGUGACUAAGUAGUAAUAAAAAUAGUAUAUGGAAUGUGUGGAAGAUUCUAGUUGGCACAACUUAUUCAAAAUGUACUGCUUAAGACUUCUAACAAAUCAAUCAAUCAAUCAAUUAAAUAAAUUUCUAUAGCGUACAUUUCUAGAACUCAAUCACGCUCUGCAAAAAUGUAGAAUAUGUGUAAUGUCACGAAAUAACAAUACUUUAUUAAUUUAAAUACAUAACGACAUGUGAAAAUAUAUUUUACGAAUGUAAAUAAAUAUAUACGUAUAUGUAGUUAUAUAAUCUGCAGCCCUAAGUCAUCCCACCAAACAUCAAAUAAAUUAAAAAAUGAAAAUCCAGAACUUGACCCAAACUAUUGCGCCUCUGUGACGAUGCAAUGAUUUCAAAUAAUGGUAACCAUGCCAAUGAACAGAGACAUGUUUGAUGAAUGAUGAAAAAGAAGAAAAAACUAAACUGACUAUUUAAAAAUAUUUAAAUAAAUAAAUUCAAAUAUGUAUAUAUUUGUAUAUAUAAUAUCAAUAAUUAUAUUAUAAACACUAACCACAAUGGCAAUUGACGUGGACUAGCUAAUACAAUCUCGAAGCAAUUAAAUUAAAUGUAAAUUGCAUAAAAAUUGAUAAUUAAUUAAGUAAAAUUAUGUAUCUGGGUCAAAUGCAUAUGUAUCCGGGUCACAAAUGUUAUAUCAUGAUACUUAUAUCACAUUUUUAAGGAUAUCAGUAAUUAUUGCAGCAGACUAAUAAGGAAAUUAAUCAAUGUUAGUCGUUUAUGUAAUAAUUCUCCAAUACUGUCAUAAAAAAUAAUAAUGUGUGCAAUGUCGAUAUAUAUUACCAACAAUUUCAAUAUAUUUGGAUGUACAAUUUGAAAAUUGAUUACUGAAAAUGUUAAAACAGAGUAGAAUUGCAUCCAUUCGAAAUAUCAACAACUCUCUAAAACAAACAAAUGAAUAAAAGUAGAACUAAAUAAGAACAUCUUCUAUACAUUAAUAUAAAAUAUAUUAAUAACCUAAAACAAUAUAUACAGCAUAUAUAUAUAUAUAUAUAUUCAUAAUUAACAACAGCAAAUUUAGGCCAGCAUCACCAUCCAAGAUCAUCCUCUUAAGCCAGCAUCACCAUCCAACGCCAAUAAAUACCCACAAACAGCGCAAUAGUGCACAUAGGCACCGAGGGAAACGAAACAGUGCCAGAUGGCAUGAGCAAAGUUGAGUCUACCAUCCAACUUGAAGAAUAUGAUGCCGGUGAUGUAGGUCGCUCCGCCUGUGGCCAUCUCCAUCACACCUUCCUUGCUCUUCAUUUGAAAGGUGACAAUAGCUGGCAUGACUCCUAAUGAAAGGUAGAAGACAAUGUCCAACCAUUUGUAUCUCUCAUAAUAGAAGCACUGGUAAACAAUGCCAAGCAGUGCAGCCAGCCAGACUAGAGCAAGGACGACAGAAGGGCUUGCAUCGUGAUAUUCUUUCAACGUCAGCCAUGGCGUGUAUGAGGCAGCUAUGAAGAUGUAGAUGAUUCCUCGAUCGCACAGGUGCAACAACCAUCUCAAUUUGUUGCUGCGAGAAGAAGAGAAUGCAAGAAGAUGGAACAUGGCGGAGAGAGAGAAGAGAGCAAACAUGGAGCCCCCGUACAACAAGCAGACAGCAAAUGUUCGAGCAUCAGCUGACAUCUUCAACAUCCAGCUGAGGCCUUUCAAACUUGGCAAUAUCAAGAUUGCAUGUGUAGCAAUGUUGGCAAGGUGCUCUAAUGUUGUUGGCUCAUAGGCCGCCCGCCUACCAUCUCUGUCUGUUCUUUUUCUGCCUGAUCUGUUACCUGAACCUGAGUGAUCAGCUUGGUAGCAGUUGUUGCACAUAAUAAAUGUCCUCGCAUGAAUUCUUCGCUAAUUAACUACACUUCAAAAAAAUAAUUAACCCAAAAAAGAUUAAACAAACAAAACUAAAAAACAAUUUCGAGAAAUUAAAACCGUCGU